AUGACGACUGUCCAACUAGAUGAACUGUGUGCUGCCGCAGCUCGAUGCCGGGGUGGGUUCAACGUCGUUUACGAGCUGAUAUUCUCGGAUGAUGUUGUUUGGAUGGCACGCAUCCCACUUCCAUAUAACUGCUUCCAAGCUGAAGAGGUGACGGCUUCGUAUGCCGCUACUUUGAGGUACCUGAAGAGAAAUAGUGCCAUACCCGUUCCAGCUGUGUUUGCACACUGCCUUCAGUCAAACCCAGAUAAUAAGGUCAAUGCAUCUUAUAUCAUCAUGGAGAAGCUGCCAGGCUGUCCAUUGCCUGUUAUUGAAAGGCUGAGCCUUGACGUCGAUCCGAACGAUCUCGCAUUGGCAAAGAAAGUACACGAGCAGCUAACUGAUGUCUUACUUGAGUUAGCUUCUUUCAAAUUUAGCCAAAUUGGAUCCCUUCGGGAAGACCCUGAAGGAAAUUUCGUGGUUGGGCCUUACAUUGAUCCGAACUCCACGGCGUACCCGCAGCACAGAGCAACCGCGUACAAGUCCCUUGAUUGUCUACACAAGGGCCCCUUCUCUUCUGUACAAGAAUGGUACAGUGCCAUGGCGCAGUUGAACCGCAAAGCUUCCUUAGACGACCUCGACGAGGAAGACGGAGACGAGGUAGUGGCAGAUUACGAGAUUCUCGCUAGCUUUACCCACAAGGUUCUUGUGAAAGAAUAUGAGAAUGGACCGUUUGUCCUUAAUCAUAACGAUUUAACGGUUCAAAAUAUCCUGGUGAGGACAUAA